AGAUAAAUGAACAUUCGAUGACAUCAAUGCCUAGUUCUAGCUAAACAAAACAAUCUAGGAUUGCGGGUGGAGCUGCGGAUCUUUGUGUCUCUUCUCGGGAACACUAACGUCGGAAACGCUCUGAGCCUCUAAGUUUAAAGCAGGAAAGCUUCUAUCUAUGCUGCUUAGUCUGGGCACCUGCCUAGUGCUCAGCUCCCAGUCAGCUAGAAGCUAACGCAUCUGCCCGGGGCCAGUGUCUCGGGAAGGUUCCGCUGCUUUCCCGCUUCUUGCCCACCUCCAGCCGCUAGCACAGAGAAUGAAGGGGUCCAGUUGCUGGGGAACACCUCACCCCUCACUGGUUUCCCCCCUUCCACUCCUUUCCCCCUGAAGCCUAAGCUUGAAAGAGGCAUUUUCCAAUCUCCUACCCCCCUUCUCCAACACGCACACAACCCUUUCCGCGUCCAGGUGAGCUCAGUACCAGGCAAGCCCCACUGCCCAGGGUUCCCGAGGCUGCAUUGGGGGCGUCGUCCCCACGUGCCAGCUCCGGCACAGAGGCGGGGCAUGCCAGGCGAAGGGAGGACGUGAAAAGGGGAAGGAGAGAAAGGAGUUGGAUCCGAAACCAGGAGCGAGAUGGAGGCGCUCGCCUGGCUCCUGCCCCCGCUCGUCCUGCUGUGCGCCCAGCAGCACAGAUGCACCAGAGCAAUGAAUGACAUUGGAGAUUACAUAGGUUCUAAUGUUGAAAUAUCCUGGCUCCCCAAUCUGGAUGAUUUGAUGGAAGGCUAUGCCCGGAAUUUCAGACCUGGUAUUGGAGGUCCUCCUGUGAAUGUGGCACUAGCCCUCGAGGUCGCCAGCAUUGACCACAUAUCAGAAGUUAACAUGGAGUACACCAUGACUGUGUUCUUGCAUCAGAGCUGGCGAGAUGGCCGAUUGUCUUACAACCACACCAAUGAAACCCUGGGUUUGGACAGCCGCUUUGUGGACAAGCUCUGGCUCCCAGAUACCUUCAUUGUCAAUGCCAAGUCAGCCUGGUUCCAUGAUGUGACAGUGGAGAACAAACUCAUUCGGCUGCAGCCCAAUGGGGUGAUUCUAUACAGUAUCCGAAUCACCUCCACUGUGGCCUGUGACAUGGACCUGUCCAAGUACCCCAUGGAUGAGCAGGAGUGUAUGCUAGACCUCGAAAGCUAUGGUUACUCCUCAGAGGAUAUCGUGUACUACUGGUCAGAAAACCAGGAGCAAAUUCAUGGCUUAGACAAACUACAGCUGGCACAGUUCACCAUCACCAACUACCAGUUCACCACUGAGCUAAUGAACUUCAAAUCUGCAGGGCAGUUUCCCAGACUCAGUCUACACUUCAACCUGCGGAGGAACCGAGGUGUCUACAUCAUCCAGUCCUAUAUGCCUUCCAUCCUUCUGGUUGCCAUGUCCUGGGUCUCCUUCUGGAUCAGUCAGUCUGCUGUGCCUGCCCGAGUGUCACUAGGUAUCACCACAGUGUUGACAAUGACCACGCUGAUGGUCAGCGCCCGCUCUUCCCUCCCAAGGGCAUCAGCCAUCAAAGCACUAGAUGUAUACUUCUGGAUCUGCUAUGUGUUUGUGUUUGCUGCAUUGGUGGAGUAUGCCUUUGCCCACUUCAAUGCAGAUUAUAUGAAGAAACAAAAGGCCAAGCUGAAGGUCACCAAGCAGAGCAGUGAGAUCAAUGUGAAGAAUGCCAUUGUGCUGUUCUCCCUCUCUGCUGCGGGUAUCAAUCAGGAGCUGGCCAUUUCCCAUCGACAACACAAAAUCGCCGGCAACCUCAUGGGCUCCUAUCGUUCAGUUGAAGUGGAGACAGGAGAGAUGAAGAAGCAGGAGGGAUCCACAGCUGCAAAAAAGGGAGGCUUGAGGUCAUUUUUCAAGCCCAUCGAUGCUGACACCAUAGAUGUCUAUGCCAGAGCUGUGUUCCCAGCAGCCUUUGCCGCUGUCAAUGUUAUCUACUGGGUGGCGUACACCAUGUAAAAGCAGACACACACACACAUACAAUAUAUACAUACAGACCCACAUACAAUAUACACACACGCACACUUAUGCACGCAAACACACACACACACACACACACACACACAACACAAAUUCAAAUCUUCUGGAGCUAGUGGGUGCAGCUUUUGUACACUCCAGCCCAGUUUGCACCUCACUGCUACGGAAGAGACACUAGACCUCUGGUCUGGUUUAUACUUCUGACCUUUUAGUUUUUUAAGUGGAAGGGGAAGAAAUCCCCAAAGUGGGAGGAGAAAACUUUUGAAACUUCUGGCUCAGCUCACUAUUGACCAGGCAGAUGAACAUCUUUCUAUUUCUGGAAUCCUCAGUUUACUCCUCACACUGGUCCUGCAGAGCGAACUCCAAAUGCUAAGCCACCCAGGAUGAUCAAAUGGGAUCAUAGCAGCAGGAAAUGUUUCUGGAAACCUGGAGGGUACUGUAAAGAGCAUUAAACCCCCAUUUUACAGAGGAAGAAACUGAGGCACAGAAAAGAGAAAUCAUUCCUCCCAACCACCUAGAUGAUUUUGCCAGUGCCACUCAUUCCUUUCUGACUUUGGGUCUGACCUCCUGACUUCUGGGUGACUGAGCACCCUGUGGGAGGUUUGGGUUUUUAGAUCCACAGGAUGAUUCUUUGGGGUUGUGCCUGGUAAGGGAGGGGGCCUGGGGGUUCUCACUGUGGUUAUUGUGUAUCUUGGAUUAAAUGUUUAAAAGAAAAAAAAACAUACCCAACAAUCUUUGCUGAUCUCUGGCCCUUGGAUGUAAUAAAGGGUUUCUCCCAAAAGGGA